AUGAAGGAAUUAUUUGGAUUAGUAGUACCAAGUGAUAUACAAAUCCUAGCUGGAGUUAAUAAAUUGGAUGAUAAAAAUGGUAUCCUUUAUGAAGUUGACAAAAUUAUUAAACAUGAACAUUACACCACUGAUAAAUUCAAAAAUGAGGUAGCUGACAUUGCACUGAUCCGACUCGCCGAAGAUAUUGUUUUCAAUGAUAAAAUCCAACCUGUACGGUUGGCUUCUUCCGAAAAUCAAGAAGAUGUACUGCCAGUAGGUGCGCCUGUAAUGAUCACUGGUUGGGGAUACACGCGUGAAUGUAUGGAGAACCACGAAGAAGAAGUCAAUGACUUACGCGUGGCUAUAAGAACAAUUUCAAAUUUCGAUGAGUGCCAAUUCGAGUACUCGGAAAAAAGAAAAAAUACAACUGAGGAAUCAGAUAAACCAUUUGCUAUCGAUAGCGGAAUGAUAUGUUCCAUUGGUUUCCAGUACAGUUGCAUGGGAGACUCUGGUGGUCCUAUUGUUGAUGGAAGAGGAGUUCAAGUGGGAAUAGUAAGUUUUAGCCAAGAUUCUCUUCCCGAUGUACAUACAAGUGUAAGGUUCUAUUCAGAAUGGAUCGCUAAUAAUUCCAAGAUAGCGGAAAAUUAA